AUGGGCAAGUGGCGCUAUGGUGUCGUUUUAGACGCUGGUUCGUCUGGAACCCGCGUCCAUGUCUACCGCUGGUUGCGCAAUGCAGUGGCGCGCAAAAAUGCCGACAUACAAGAACUCAAAACCCUCCCCGAAAUCAAAACCAAAGAGGAAUGGGUCAAGAAGAUUCGUCCUGGUGUCUCUUCAUUCGCCGAUCGACCCGAAGCUGUUGGCCCGGAACACUUAAAGGAACUUCUUGAACACGCAAAGAAUAUCAUCCCCGCGGAAGAUGCAAAGGACACUCCGAUCUUCCUCCUCGCGACGGCCGGUAUGCGACUGCUCGGAAACAUGGAACGCCAACUGCUUCUCGACCAGGUCUGCUCCUACGCUCGCGCGAACACCGACUUCCUCCUGCCUGACUGCGGCGUUCAUAUCCAAGUGAUUCCUGGCGUCACCGAAGGACUGUAUGGAUGGAUCGCCACCAACUAUCUGAUGGGAACUUUUGACUCACCCGAAGCUCACGACCAUGGCAAAGGACAGCACACCUACGGCUUCCUGGACAUGGGGGGUGCAUCUGCUCAAAUUGCUUUUGCUCCCAACGAAACGGAAACAGCCAAGCACGCCAAUGAUCUCACCCUCCUACGACUUCGCAACAUCGAUGGAUCCGUGCAGGAGCACCGAGUCUUCGUGACCUCCUGGCUGGAAUUUGGCGUGCACGAGGCUCGUAGACGUUACGUGGAAGCUUUGCAGGCGGCAGCGCCCUCUCACAUCCGCGAGCUACCAGAUCCCUGUCUCCCCAGUGGCCUGCGCACAACAUUGAAUGGCCACGAUCUCGGGUCAAAUAGCGGCGGAACCUACUUGCUGGGUACUGGCAAAUUCGAUGAGUGUUUGCGACAGACUUUCCCUCUGUUGGACAAGGAUGCCCCGUGUUCGGACCAGCCAUGUCUUUUGCAUGGGGUGCAUGUCCCUGCCAUCGAUUUUGACGUGAAUCACUUCAUCGGGAUCAGCGAGUAUUGGCACACAACUCACGAGAUUUUUGAGAUGGGCUACAAGGACAAGUCAUACGACUUCCACACUUACCAGGAACGGGUAAAGACUUUUUGCUCUCAGGAUUGGUCUACCAUUCAGAGUGGCCUUGAAACCCACCAGUGGGGCAACAAGGUGGAUAGCCAAAAGGCGGCUGAGGUCUGCUUCAAAGCGUCAUGGAUAAUUAACAUGCUACAUGACGGUAUUGGAAUCCCGCGCGUUGGCCUAGAGGAAAUCUCCCACCCCGGAAAUUCUGUCCAUAAUGGUACCAAGGAAGUCUUGUCGCAUGCGAAAGAAAAGGGCUACCUUGAUGCAUUCCAGGCUGUGAACAAGAUCGACUCCACGGAAGAAGCCCUUCCUGUGGGCUUUGGCAGCAAUGUCCCUGGAGUUCCUCCGGACUUCCAAUAUCCAAGUGUGGAAUUACUACCCGAUACGGAUGGCUUCCACAGCGCGCAUUGGCAUGAUGCCCUCUUUGAUGGCGACUCGCCUCGUCGCAUCCCUGGAUUCCUUCUUUUCCUAUGCAUUGUAGUGGUCAUGACCUUCUUCCUGUGUGGCCGGAGCCGUCGAUCACGCAUUUAUCAUCGCAUUAAGACCGGCCUGCGUCGCGGUGGACCUUCUCACCCUAACCACCCGAAGCGUCGCAAGCCCUUUGGUGGCAUGAUCCCGUUCCUCAACCGCAAUGCGCCGUCUUACGAACGCGUCAUGGAGGAUGGAGCCCAAGAAUUCGAUCUGGGUGGCACAGACUCCGAUGCCAGUGACCAUGAUGGCCGCCCUUCCACCUCUGAUGGUGCUACACCACGUCCCCUUAAUCGGGCAUCUAGCUGGGGCAGCAAUGGCAAUACCCCCAGCCUGAAAUACUCGCUUGACAAUAGUUCUUCAGGGACGAUCGGCUUAGGAAUCAGUGGCGGCUCAGGGAUUGCAAUGGAUAGAGCUGGGCUGGUGAUUCGUACUGAAAGCCGGGACCACUUGGCUCCCAUCGCUUUGGGCCCUACUACCAAUGGGCGUCGCUCUCGAGCCGGCAGUCCCACACGCUCCCUCCAUCAAAAAUCCCCAAGCUUGAGCCCGCUUGCCGAUGACUGA